UUGGUAGACUAACCGCUGUAAAACUCCAGUCCGCGUUUUGCGCUGUACCGAACUUUGUACAGGGUGAUUGAUGGGAUCGCCGUUUUGCUGAAGCUUUCUCACCAUUGUGCGUGCAGUUUGGAGUUACCUUAAAGUGUACAGGAAACGCACCUGUCUCAACUACUAUUUCGGCCCGUAAAACUUCGCCGGAUUUUUUUUACUUUUGGAUUUAUAAACAGGAAGGUCCCUGAACCGGCCUAGACCGAAUGUAAAAUACUCCAAACACCCUGUGUCACAUCACCUCCCUGGGGGUCACAGGUCACCGCUGCCUGUAACCACAGAGAGCAGCUGAGAAGUGCUCAACUGGGGUUGAGAUUUAUUUCACGAGAGUUCUCUGAUGUGUGAGCUUUGAGGGGCGUUCCCCCCCCCCCCCCCCCCCCUGGGUGCAGCUAUGGAGGCCGAGGGUGGUACGGAGUCCCUGCUUGACCUCAGCCACAUCAACGAUGAGGAGCAGGCGGCCAUCCUGCAGGUGCUUCUGCGUGACGCGGAGCUGCAGUGCCUGGAACAAGGGCGUGUGAGGAAACUGCACCACUCAAUCUCUGACCCGCAGCAGCUAAAGUCCCUCUCAGGAGAAUGGUUCAGCGAGGUUCGGGCCAAUCGAUACAGGAAGUACGGUUGUGAAAUUGUCCAAGCCUCCAUCCGUCGCAAGAAGAGAGCAAAAGAUGUGCCUUUGAGUGUGCUGGCAGGUGGAGUGGUGUUUGAUAAACAAGGAGAGGUGAAUUUACACAAUGGCACCCCACCCAAAAUGGAGGAGGAAGAUGAAGAGGGAGGCAAAAGCACUGUGUUCCCAGUACCUGCUCCCAGAAGCGUGACUGCUAAUAAGAAGAGUCCAGUGGCCCAUAAUAACUCUACAGCUUCCACAGAAUGCGUCAGCGAGCGAAAUGGACAGGGAGAGGAGACUGCAGAGGGAGAGGAGAGAGUACUGCAGACCCCCUCCCCUACCGUGCAGGUGGACUUGGAGAAAGACUCAGAUUCUGUGUCCAGCAGUGCCCCAACUGAGCUUGACCAGACCAGACUCCGGCCAAGUGGAUCAACCAGCAGUCUGCACUCCAACCACACGUUGAGUGGCAGCAUGAUGAGCCUGUUCAGCUCUGGGGAGUUUGGGAUGGUGGAUGUGCGGGGCACCUUGCAGUUUUCUCUGCAAUACGACACAAGGAAGGAGGAGCUGCAGGUGCGCGUGUGUCGCUGUCAGGACCUGGCCCUCGCCCGAAAGAAUCGCUCUGACCCCUAUGUGAAGACCUACCUUCUACCAGACAAGUCCUCCCACAGCAAGAAGAAGACCGCGGUCAAAAAGAAGACCGUGAACCCUGUGUUUGACGAGACCCUGAAAUACAACCUGAGGAUGGCAGAGCUGAAGGGACGGACCCUCAACCUGUCGGUGUGGCACCACGACCCCGUGCGCAGGAACGUGUUCCUGGGGGAAGUGGAGGUGGGCCUGGCAGACUGGGACUGGGGCGAGACCGAGCCCAGCUGGCGCCCCCUGCUGCCUCGGGUUCAGUUGUCUCAGGACACCAUUAGUAGCCGUGGAACCCUCCAGCUGUCACUCAAGUUCAUUCCGGCUGGAUUGGAAGGCGGUGGCCUGCCAAUGACCGGGGAACUGCACAUAUGGCUGAGGGAGGCACAUGGACUCAUCCCAACCAAAGGAGGCACUGUGGACUCCUUCGUCAAGAGCUAUGUGCUACCGGAUGAAAGCCGGUCGAGUCGCCAGAAGACACGGGUGAUAAAGAACACUGUCAGCCCCACCUACAACCAUACCAUGGUCUAUGACGGCUUCCAGGCUGUGGAUCUGAACGAGGCUUGUGCUGAGGUCACUGUGUGGGAGAAAGACACUUUCUCCUCACAACUGUUGGGCGGAGUGAGGUUGAGCCCUGGCACAGGACAGAGCUAUGGCCAGCCUGUGGUGUGGAUGGACUCCACCGAGGAGGAGACCGCCGUCUGGACCAGUAUGAUCCAGAGUCCCAACACCUGGGUGGAUGCUGCACUACCCCUUCGGACCAACCUGGCAACCCGCAGAGAGUAACCUUUCUGUGGGGUGGGAAUUAGGGGCGGGGUGGGGUGCGGUGGGGAUUAGGUGUAGUGACUGGAGUGAGCAAGUAAAUGUUCUGAGAAAUCCAUUUUUUUGUAUUGAGAGUACAAAAAAAAAAACUGCUCUAAUAAUCAAAUGUCUCCUGUGUUUGUACAUGCAAUACUGUCUCUGAAGUCUAAAUGUGAGUCUGAAUAAUUACAUGCCCUAGGGGGUGUAGGGAUGAGGUGGUCAGAGUUUUGGUUUCGGGGCUGAAAAUUGGGAGAGAAGGUGGGCGGAAAAACACUAGUCCUCACAACUACACCUCAGGCUUCCGUCCCACCUCAGGUAUGGUAGUGACCCCACCUCCUGUGAUUCUCGCUCUAAAUUUACUGGCUUAUUAAUUACUGGAUUAACCCUGCUAAUAGUAACUUUGCUGUGCAGAUAAGCUGUAGAGCUAAAGAAGUUCAUUUUAAACUUUCAGGGAGUGAAUGAAAGGGGAGACAGAAGUCUGGCACAUACUGGCCACAUGUCAUCAAGUUGUACAUUUCAUUAGAUAUCUUUGUUUGAGAAUCAAAUGUGUCCUGUUGUUUGUCUAUGUAAAUGCUGCACCAGUGUGUUUUCCCCUCUGGAAUUAAAGUGCAUUGUGAACGUGAUUUCUCUCGUCACUUAUAUUGUCAUUAUCAUUCUUGGUUGAUUUUAUUGUAAUAAACGCCACUAUUAAGUGAA